AUGACUUUGUAUUCAUUGGAAUCUUACUUUAUUUCACUUUUAGAAGAUUUAAUUAACCCAAAUUUUUCUUUGAAUUCUUCCAUUAUUCUGUACUAUACUAGGGUUAUAUUGGUUUUAUUUCACAUUUUGAGGAACUUGAGGAGUGGCACUGCCAUAUCUCUGAGGGGAAUUUACUACAACUGUGCUCACAUUUUCCAGAGUCAACAAGACUCAAACCAAACUAUAGCUGAGAUAACUCAGAGAACAAGACUUAGUAGGAAGGAUUUACUAAUUAUUUCUUGUCCCAAAUCUUUGAUUAAAGGCCAUUUAACCAUCUCUGAAAUCUUCAAUCAACAUCAAAUUAUUAAUUCAAAUUGUAUUUCCAUUUUUCAAAUAGUGGAGAAAGAAACAGUAUAUCAUAGAUUAUUAAAGUUUGGCUUGAUUGAGAGGUUAAAUAAGUUAAAUAUCAUAAUUAACAUAGACAUAAACCAUGUGCAAUUAUACUUUCUAGAGGAUUUCCAGGUUUUCCCCUCAAACUUUACAUUAUUAGACUACUGCACUAGGGAACUCGUACAUAAAAUAUACCAAAAGUCUAAUAACCAAUUCCCUUUUAUUAUUCUAACUGAUAUUAACCCUUCAGGAUUAAAUAUUAGUCUCAAUUUCUUUAGAGGACCCAGAAAACUUUCCUAUUAUUUUCCGGAAUGUGGAAUAGAGAAUUUGUAUUGGAUGUAUUUUAGAAGUGAAGAGAGGAUAAGUGGAAUAAAAAGUGUAUUAACUAGUAGAGAUUUGAGAAUAAUAGAAAAUCUAAUUUAUGAACUGGAGUCUGAAAAUAUCUUUAAAAAUAAUAAUUUGGAGUGGAUUCCUAACACACCCAAUUUAAUUCAUUUGAAAAACACAAGAAAAAUUUUGGAAAAAUUCAUUUCCGAAGGUUUCACUUAUCAAUUGGAUGAUCUUGAGGAACUCGAGGAACUUGUUACAGAAUCACUCAACACACUCAAUGAUUACUCUCAUCUCCUUAUAUCGUGA